AUGGCCAUCGGGGCAUUGAACGGGAAAGACCUUAGGACGACUGCAUACGAGAACUGGAACUACGAGCAAGACAAUAAGCUAGAUAAAUCCAAAAAGGGCGUCAUCAGUAACGAGGCAGACUUUAUAGAUAAGGCCCAGCAGCAUUUCACAACAUACUACCAGCCACUAAUCGCACUUAUCAACUGGUUACGGAGGGUUAUGUUCCCCACUGUUAUGAGACGCAGACAGCCGGAUCUUGGCCUGCAUCUUUCGAUGGUGCAAGUGCUACGUUCCACAGAGGACGUUCCGGAGAUCUGA